AUGAGAAAUGACAACCUGAGCUGGGCAGGUCCCCCCCAGGACUUUGUCCUGCUGGGCGUGUCUGACAGGCCAUGGCUGGAGCUCCCGCUCUUUGUGGUCCUGCUGGUGUCCUAUGUGCUGGCCAUGCUGGGCAAUGUCGCCAUCAUCCUCGUGUCGCGGCUGGACCCACAGCUGCAGAGCCCCAUGUACGUCUUCCUGGGCCACCUGUCCUUCCUGGACCUGUGCUACACCACCACCACGGUGCCCCAGAUGCUGGUGAACAUGGGCAGCACCAGGAAGACCAUCAGCUACGGCGGCUGCACUGUGCAAUAUGCCAUAUUCCACUGGCUGGGCUGCACCGAAUGCGUGGUGCUGGCCGCCAUGGCCCUGGACCGCUACGUGGCCAUCUGCGAGCCCCUGCGCUACGCUCUCAUCAUGCACCGGGCCCUGUGCCAGCAGCUGGUGGCCGUGGCCUGGCUCAGCGGCUUUGGCAACUCGCUGGUGCAGGUGGUGCUGACCGUGCAGCUGCCCUUCUGUGGGCGAAGGGUGCUCAACAACUUCUUCUGUGAGGUGCCGGCCAUGAUCAAGCUGUCGUGCGCGGACACGGCCGUGAACGACGCCACACUGGCCGUGCUGGUGGCCUUCUUCGUGCUGUUGCCCUUGGCCUUCAUCCUCCUCUCCUACGGCUUUAUCGCCCGGGCUGUGCUGAGGAUCCGCUCCUCCACCGGGCGCCGCAAGGCCUUCGGCACCUGCACGUCCCACCUGGUGGUGGUGUCCCUCUUCUACCUGCCCGCCAUCUACAUGUACCUGCAGCCUCCCUCCAGUUACUCACAGGAGCAAGGCAAGUUCAUCUCUCUCUUCUACUCCAUCAUCACCCCCACACUCAACCCCUUUAUCUACACGCUGAGGAACAAGGACGUGAAGGGGGCGCUGGCACGGCUCCUGGACAGGAUCUUGAGGCUCUGCCAGAGGUGA